ACUUGAAGGUGGCAUAAACGCGACAAUGAGGAACUUUUUUCUCUGCCUGCCACUGGACUGACAAGGACAUGGGGCCAUCGGAGCGUAUGGGAUGAGAAAGCUGAAAAGCGGACGAAGAUGUGAAGAGAGCAGGAGUUGUGAUCUGCGACACCAGUGUUUCCUUAUUACACGAUAAGGAAAACAUGGCAAACUCAAGUUCUCCUCAUGUGUCUUUUCCUGUGACCUCCUCCACCUCUCCUUACUCGGACAUCCGGGAGAAUCCACUGAGGACUUAUCUCCUGGGAAUCAUCAUCUCAAUAUGUGGGAACGUCCUCAUCAGCAUUUCACUCAACAUACAGAAAUAUGCCCAUGUUCGCCAGUCUCAGCGUGGCUCCAAGCCCUACUACACCUCUGUGUUGUGGUGGUGCGGUGUGGUUCUCAUGGGUGUCGGGGAGCUCGGGAACUUCGCCGCCUACGGCUUUGCCCCAGCAUCACUCGUAGCCCCACUGGGCUGUGUGUCUGUCAUAGCCAGCGCCGUCAUAUCUGUGGUUUUCCUCAAGGAAACAGUUCGUGCGUCUGACAUUGUUGGUGGCUCCCUGGCAGUAACAGGAACGUACCUCCUGGUGACCUUUGCCCCACACACCUCCACACAUAUCACGGCUCAGCUGGUCCAGUACUAUGCCAUCAGUUGGCACUUCCUGGUUUACCUGUUUAUAGAGGUCGUCAUCUUCUGCGUCCUGCUCUACCUGUACAAGAGGAGGAAUGUGAAGCACAUUGUCAUUGUGAUGUUGCUGGUGGCCCUGCUCGCCUCUCUGACAGUCAUCUCGGUCAAAGCCGUGUCGGGGAUGAUCACAGAGUCUGUUAAAGGCCAUCUGCAGCUCAUCUACCCCAUCUUUUACGUCAUGCUCGUAGUCAUGGUUGCCUCCUGCGCCUUCCAGAUCAAAUUUCUCAAUCAGGCAAUGAAAAUGUUUGAUGCCACCGAGGUGGUCCCUAUCAACUUUGUGUUUUUCACUGCAAGCGCCAUUGUUGCAGGGAUAGUAUUUUAUCAGGAGUUUGAAGGCUUGGCUCUACUCAACAUUUUCAUGUUCCUUUUUGGUUGUUUACUGUCUUUCCUUGGAGUUUUCCUGAUAGCCAGAAACAGACCAAAAAUAAAGCAUCAAGAGCGAACCUUUAUCGCAAUGGAUAAAAUCCCCGGGAGAAGGCACACAGACAAAGUCCAGCCUGAAGCAAAGACUCUGACAUACGGAUCGCUGGCAGCCAAACUCAUGUGCAACAGAGCUGGCCAAACAGACGAUUCAUAGGACCAGCUCCAUCUGUUGGACUGUGCUUAUGUGGUUUGUGUGUGUGUGUGUGUGUGUGUGUGUGUGUGUGCGUGCGUGCGUGUGCCUCUACCCUCGCAUGCCUGUCACUGGCAGUAGAAAUGAGGGCUCAAUAAAGUUCAAGAUCUCUAUUUAUAGAAAUAAUGGCAGACACCAAUCCAAAACAAUGCCAGAUGAAUUGUACUGUUGGCAGAUAUAUUGUUUUUAGAUUUCAUGUCAAAUGGCAAAGUACCUCUCUGGGAAUGGUUUUAUUCUAGAAACACUGUCUUUGUUUCUCUUGUCAUACAGUAUUUCCAGCAGUGUUGUGAGUAAUUGCUUGUAUGAAAAUGGAUUCUGGUAAAGAGAUGAAACAUCUCAGGAUCAAAGCACAACAUCAUGCCUUACCGGCAGUGCCAUUUUUUUUUUUUUUUAAAUUGCAAGGGAAAUAUCCAGGCCAUUUGAUACAUUCCUGUUAACAAACCAUGUUGAUGAUCUUAAUAACUGGGUUUAUGUGGUGUCAGUUGUCAAUAAACAAUGGUCAAAUGUGAUGCUUCAA